AUGUCUGCUUAUGACGACCGGCGCAUCCUCGUGAGGCGGUCCAAGAAGCUCGAGAAGGUCCUCGGCGAGACCCCGCCCUCCGAGCUCAUCAUCCACCCCGCGCACCGCGACACUGGCACUCGUUAUCGGGCCCCGCUCUCCCAGUCGAGGAGCGCGUCGCACCAGCACACGCGGAGCGAGCAACUACCCUCCGGGCAGGCACCGCGGAACGUCCGCCGCGUCCCCGUCCCCGCGCUCCCCGCGGGGUCCUCCACCGAGUCCCUCCUCUCCACCUCCUCCCUCGAGCGCGCCUCCUCCCCUACCCCCAACAAGCCCAAGCUCUCUCUCCCCCUCGACGCCCAGGCCCCGCAGAUCGCGCGCGUCGACCUGCCCACCCACCACCGCCCGCGCACCCCGCCGACCCCCGCGCUGCGCCCGCUGCGCCGCGCGGACAGCGCCAUCUCGUACUUCUCGCUCGGCCUCGGGUCGGGGUCGGGGUCGGGGUCGACUACUCCGUCGACGCCCGACGAGCGUAAGCGCUGGGUGCAGAACGUGUCGAAGCUCUCGCGCACGCUGGGCGAGUGCCUGCCCCAGCGGCUCGUCGCGCGCAGACCUGAACCCCAGCCGGAAACGCGCGUGAUGAUCCGCCAGGAGGCGCACUCGCUCGAGCUCGCAGGAAGGCCGCGACAAUUGGUGCCCCAGCGCGGAGUGAUGUCUGAUACCGCGUCCCCGUUGAGAGGGAACUUGAAAACGAAGUGGCUCAGGGAACGAGGGAGCAAGUACUACGUCGAGGAGGACUACGAGGUUAUCCGGAGUACCCUGCGGGCGCUCCGGUGAGCUAGUUGCCGCUGGCCAGCGGCUAUAUGGACUCGAGAGUUCUUAUGGACUCAGUGGACUCUGGACACGCUUGACUAUGGACGUUGGACUGGACUAGUAAUUGUACUAACGGUAGCGUAAUCGCCGUAUAAAGUGUAGCCUCUGGU